CUGUCACCGAUCAAUCAUGCACUCUGUGUGCGGUAGUACGUGAUUCUGUCGUAUCGUUGUGUUAUUGGUGUCCGGAUCACGGUGUGUUUCGAUCGACUUUAAGCUUUGCGCGAGUUCCAUUACCCCACUUAAUCACCAAGCGAAUUGGGUGAGUUUCGAGAAUUGCAGAAUAAAUUGACUUGUAUAUUUAUUGUGCUGACGACCAGAAGAGUUAAAUAACUUCACCGAAAGUUUUACAUCGAGAUGACGAUAAUCACUAAAGCCAUCACUGAGAAGAAAGCUGCGGACAUAGUGGAGCUACCAUUGGUUGUGGACGAGAUACCUCCACCGGGGGACGUUAAGGAUGAUCCAGAGGGUCAAUAUGCUACACUUCCUCGACCUACACGAUACGUUUUGCGUUGUCGUCAAAGAGCACAGAGACUGAAUUCACUGACAACGCUGUGCUUGUUUCUCACUGCUCUUCUUGUUAUGAGCAUUGGAGUAAUCGGUGGUGUCUACAUAUACAAGCAAUAUGCAAGAGUUCAAAUGCACAGAUUCCGUGGAUGGUGUGACAUUCCAUAUUAUGAAUCUAACAAAGCACCUUACCUGAAAGAUGCUUUGGAUAAUUCUCAAUCUUUGGUCUCUGACCCUAACAAUAUGGAGGAGGAUGCUGCUAUUUUUGCUGAAAAAACCAUGGAGCUCCAAAACGACAUAAAAAACUACUUGACAGAAAGACUGGAAAUCGAUCUUGAAAACGAAGAUUACGAGAAGAUCGAUGUCCCCAUUCUACGUGGUGGCCGUCAAGGACGAUAUAUUCAUGACUUUAACACAAACAAAACAGGAAUUAUUGAUGUGGAUGGUAACCGCUGCUUUGUUAUGCCGUUGAAUCGUGAGCGAGUUCUACCUCCACGAAGUUUGUACGACCUUGUGAACAAAAUGUAUAGAGGAUACUACGAAGUUGACACUGAAGUUGUUCGUGAAACAAUGAAAGUUGUUACUCCUCGUAUAACCGAUCUGUCUGGCUUAGGACCUUAUAUAGCCCGAGAAUGCCGUAACAUGCCAACAUACAGAUUAGAGAAAGUUGUUCACAGUGUUGACAAAAGGAGCGUGAAGGAUGCACCUUUUGUCCAGUUCUCAGGAAAAGAUGUAUGGGAACUGGCCAUCGAAAAUAUGGAUGAAAUUAUGGCAUAUGAAGAAAAUUCAAUUAAAUAGAAUAUAAGAUAUCUCAUGUAAGAUUACUCCUCGCUAGAUUAAACAGCAAUAGUUUAGUGUUAAUUCGAAGUUAAAUACAUGUUAUGAUGCAGGAUUAUACAGUAUGCACUCUCUACAUUACUAUGAUUAUAAUUAUUCGUGUGAUUGAUGCUAUAUUUGGAAUUAUCUAUGCUCUUCCCUUUUUAUUCGGUUCUGGGGAUUAUAUAUCAAUGAUUAUGCAUAUCUACUUUUUUGUUUGGUAUACAAGACUGCAGAGUAGCAUGCCAGUACAGUAUAUAUAUUAUAUAUAUAUGUUACAUAUAUACUUAUAUAUGAAUAUGUCUAUAAUUAAUUCUUUCUUUGAUACAAUUGCAGUUUUUAAACAUGAAUUUUGAUGGACAUAUUGUUCUAUUUCGACAAAAAAGCUUAACCACAUACGUAAAAAUGAUGAUAUAUUUCAAAGUUUAUUACCAAUGUAGCAAAUAGCUGUUGACGUAUGAAAUGCAACAGCCACCAGUUUUGUAUUUGCGAUACAAUACUCCGUAUAAUCACCAACGCGUAAUUUUCGUAUGUAUGUCAUUUAUCCUAACUAAGAUCCAAGGCAUAACAAAUUUCUGGCGAAUAAAAAAAUUUGAACCAUUGUUACUUUUGCCUUCAAGUGCGGAAUAUAAAUUAAAUACGACUGGUUUGUAACAUUAUACGUGCCAUUGACAUUAUGAUUAAAAUAAAACCAUUAUUGCUCUUA